GUGUUAGUUAAUUUAUUCUCAUUGUAUUGUAUUCGCUUCCAGUUAAUUCAGUUUUUCAUGAAGCGGAGUGCUUUUUGUUGUGGGUUUAAAACAUUAAUAAAAUCUCUCCGCUCACGGUAAUUCAUAUGCAAGAUGAAGCAUAUUUGUGUAAUUUGCACACUCCGGAAACCGCCGCUGACGCCGCUGGCCACGGAGCAUAGGGAAUUACUCGAGGCUAUUGUAUCUCCAGCUAUUACCAUGGCAGACCUCAGCGCUUGUGAAAUCUUGCUGUGUAUGGAUUGCCAGGAGAAGCUGCAGUCCAUACAGCAGUUCCAGAAGAUGGCGCUGAACGGCCUCACAGUACUCAAGUCUGUGCUUUCUAAAGUGAACAAUGCACCCACGGUACAGGAUCAGAAAAUACAAACACUAAUAGAAAUGAAAGAUGGCCGGAAACUACUUGUGAAUCCAAUAUCUGUUGUGGAAACAAUUAUAACCGAACCAGAACUGGAAGAACCAGCCAGCUUAGAACUUUCUGCGACUUCACCCGGACACCCACACCCCCUUGCAGAGGAGAUGGAUAUUAAAUCGGAGCAACCUGCGUUCCCAGAGCAGCCCUGCUUAGACGUUGAAUUGAAGCUCGAAGUACAAUCCAAACAUGAGACUGGAACUGAAUUCGAACCUGAAAUAGAGUUAAAAUCGGAGCACUAUGAAUUUGACUCUGAGUCUGAAUUUGAUAAUGCUUCUUUGAGUCGCUCUGUGGCUCAGUGUGACUCAGACUCGAAGAUGAAAACAGAGGAAUGUGAUUUCACCAGAGUACAGAACAUUGCGUUUCAUACACGAAUUAUGAGCCCCUUGCAAACGAAUCACGUUUAUAAGACGAUUGAAAACAAAUAUAAGCCUGCAAUUUUAAAACAAGCACACAGACCACCAAAGGAACCUAGAGCAGCAAAAGUGGGUAUAAUAGCUAGAGCAUACGCUGCCAAACAAGCUAAAGCAGCUUUAAAAGCUAGCGCAAACGCAGCUAAACAGGUUAACGUAGCUUCAGAAGGAGCACAUGGAAUUAUAGAAGCAAAUGUAGCUUCAGAAGAAGCACAAACAGUUGAAGAAGUAAACAUAGCUUCAGUAGCUAGUGAUAAUGCAUUUAUAGAAAUGACUGUCGCUUGUACAACUGAAAUGGCAAACGAAGCUGAGAAAGCGAACGCUACAAAUAUUACUACAGAAGCAAACGCAGCAGUUGAAAAGGAAAAGGAAAGAGAGAGUAAGAAGUCGGAGCGCGUGCAGUGCGCACUCUGUGACAAAGUCCUGUGCCACAAGCGGAGUUUUCGGCAACAUUACUAUCUACGGCACGCCGAGGCAAACCCAGUCAAGUGCGAGUUGUGCCACAAACAGUUCCGCAACGCAGGUGUGCUCCGCUACCACCAGUGUCCGCACAAAAAGGCCGCCCCGAGGCCGGCGCCGCGGACGUGGUGCGCGGAGUGCGCGCGGCAGUUCCCGACCCGCGCGCAGUACCGCGCGCACCUCCUCACCCUCAAGCACACGCCGCGGGCCCUCUACAAAUUCGAGUGUGAAGUGUGCAAGAAGCGGUUCCGGCACCGGCGCUGGAUGCGCGACCACCUCGACGCCGCGCACCGCGGCCUGAAAAAGUACUCGUGCGACAGAUGCGACUCUUCGUUCGGCUCGUUCACGUCCCUGCGGCGCCACGUCGCGCGCGACCACGACAAGGUAGUCGCGCCGCGGGCAACGCACGUGUGCGACCUCUGCGGGAAGACGUUCAAGGUUAAAAAGUCGCUGGAGGAGCACCUGUUGUCGCACUACGGGUUGCGGCCCUUCACGUGCGCGGCGCCGGCGUGCGCGGCCGCCUUCUGCUACCGCGCCGCGCUCUACACGCACACGCGCCUCAAGCACGCGCCCGACAAGAAGGGACGGAAGGAUCAGGAACAUGACGAACAAAUGGAUGACGAGGAAAGGCCUGAAUACUUGGAAUUACAAUUCGAUGACUGAUUACUAUUUACUAAUAAUAAUAAAUGAAUUACCGUACCCGAG